AUGGAUUCAGAAACGUUAAGUCGGAAAGAUAAAAAAGAUAAAAAGAAAAAAUUUGUGCGGACUGCAGCUGGAACGACAUGGGAAGAUCAGACAUUAUCAGAAUGGGAUAAUGAUGAUUUUAGAAUGUUUUGUGGUGACCUGGGAAAUGAAGUUAGUGAUGAACACUUAGCCCGGGCUUUCUCUAAAUAUCCUUCAUUUUUAAAAGCUAAAAUUGUGAGAGACAGGCGUUCUAAUAAAUCUAAAGGAUAUGGUUUUGUGAGUUUUAAGGAUCCAGGAGAUUUCACAAGAGCUAUGAGAGAUAUGAAUGGAAAAUAUGUAGGUAAUCGACCAAUCAAAUUAAGGAAGAGCACAUGGCGAGACAGAAAUAUUGAUAUUGUUCGCAAGAAAGAAAAAGAGAAGAAGCGGCUUGGAUUAAGAUGA